AGAGCCCACGAGGGCACGUCCAAUCAGCAAUCCCUCCUGCGCAACCUACGCCGGUUCUUCCCGCCCCCGCCCCGCCCCGCCCGCCCUCCCGGGUACCUACGGUCUCUGUGACUGGUGCGCGGCCAGGUCGUGGACGCCGGCUCCUGGAGGAGAGCCGGGAGGAGGGAGGUGAAGGUGUCCGCGGCGUCGUCGACGGCGGCGCCGGCCAUGGAGGAGACGCAGCCGCCGCCGCAGCCUAAGCUGCCCCUGUGCGACAGCCUCAUGAUCUGGCUGCAGACAUUCAAUACUGCCUCACCUUGUCAAGAUGUCAAACAGCUGACUAGUGGAGUUGCCAUGGCACAAGUUCUUCAUCAAAUGUGAGUAGUGGUCAGACUCUCCCUGAAAAGCAUUGUAAACCCAAUACAUACCAAGGAAGAAAACUUGGACUUGAAUUCCAAAGGUUGUUGCAACUUUAUCUUACCCAGUGACAUAUUCAGGAAUAUGGCACCAAGGCGUUCUUGCAGUGAUGCAGCUUGGUUUAACGAAUCUUGGUUAAGCCGAAUUAAAGAGGAUGUUGGGGACAACUGGAGAAUAAAGGCCAGUAAUGUAAAGAAGGUCCUUCAAGGAAUUAUGGGUUAUUAUCAUGAGUUUUUGGGGCAGCAGAUUUCAGAAGCACUUAUCCCUGAUUUAAACCAAAUAACCGAAUGUUCAGAUCCAGUGGAGCUUGGGAGGUUGCUCCAGCUUAUUUUAGGUUGUGCGAUCAACUGUGAAAAGAAGCAAGAACAUAUUCAAAAUAUAAUGACACUGGAAGAGUCUGUUCAACAUGUGGUCAUGACUGCUAUUCAAGAGUUGAUGAGUAAAGAAAUAUUGAGCUCUCCUCCAAAUGAUGCUGUUGGAGAAUUGGAGCAACAGCUUAAAAGAGCCUUGGAAGAACUUCAGGAAGCACUAGCAGAAAAAGAAGAGCUGAGGCAAAGAUGUGAAGAAUUGGAUAUGCAGGUGACUACACUUCAAGAUGAAAAGAAUUCACUGGUUUCUGAAAAUGAGAUGAUGAAUGAAAAACUUGACCAGUUGGAUGGCUCUUUUGAUGAUCCAAACACAGUGGUUGCAAAAAAGUAUUUUCAUGCACAAUUACAACUAGAACAAUUACAGGAAGAAAACUUCAGGCUUGAAGCUGCAAAAGAUGAUUACCGUGUUCACUGUGAAGAACUUGAAAAGCAGCUAAUCGAAUUCCAGCAUAGGAAUGAUGAAUUGACUAGUCUUGCAGAAGAAACAAGAGCCCUGAAAGAUGAAAUAGAUGUUCUUAGGGCUACCUCUGAUAAAGCAAAUAAACUGGAGUCAACAGUUGAGAUAUAUCGUCAGAAGCUACAAGAUCUGAAUGACCUUCGCAAGCAGGUGAAAACUUUACAGGAAACCAACAUGAUGUAUAUGCAUAAUACAGUCAGCUUAGAAGAAGAAUUAAAAAAAGCAAAUGCAGCACGUACACAAUUAGAAACAUACAAAAGGCAGGUUCAAGAUCUUCAUGUUAAACUUUCCUCCGAAUCCAAGAGGGCAGACACACUAGCGUUUGAAAUGAAGCGGCUUGAAGAAAAACACGAAGCUUUACUUAAGGAAAAAGAGAGACUAAUUGAGCAGCGUGAUACUUUGAAAGAAACAAAUGAAGAGCUUCGAUGUUCACAAGUACAACAGGACCACCUAAACCAAACAGAUGCAUCUGCUACAAAAAGUUAUGAGAAUCUUGCUGCUGAGAUUAUGCCAGUGGAAUAUAGGGAGGUGUUUAUUCGACUGCAACAUGAAAAUAAGAUGCUUCGCUUACAGCAAGAAGGCUCUGAGAAUGAACGUAUUGAGGAACUUCAGGAGCAGCUAGAACAGAAACACCGUAAAAUGAAUGAACUGGAAACUGAGCAGAGGCUGAGCAAAGAGCGUAUUAGAGAAUUGCAGCAGCAGAUUGAGGACCUCCAGAAAUCUUUACAGGAACAAGGUUCCAAGUCUGAAGGCGAAAGUUCCAGCAAAUUAAAGCAGAAGUUGGAAGCUCAUAUGGAAAAACUCACAGAGGUCCAUGAAGAAUUACAGAAGAAACAAGAACUCAUUGAAGAUCUUCAGCCAGAUAUAAAUCAAAAUGUACAAAAGAUCAAUGAACUUGAAGCUGCUCUUCAGAAGAAAGAUGAAGAUAUGAAAGCAAUGGAGGAAAGAUAUAAAAUGUACUUGGAGAAAGCCAGAAAUGUAAUAAAAACUUUGGAUCCCAAGUUAAAUCCAGCAUCAGCUGAAAUAAUGCUACUAAGAAAGCAGUUGGCAGAGAAAGAGAGAAGAAUUGAGAUUCUGGAGAGUGAAUGCAAAGUAGCAAAAUUCCGUGAUUAUGAAGAAAAACUCAUUGUUUCUGCCUGGUAUAAUAAGAGUCUAGCAUUCCAGAAACUGGGGAUGGAAUCUAGACUUGUGAGCGGUGGUGGUGCCUGCAGUGACACUGGUGCGUGCACUCCUGCGCGGUCUUUCUUAGCACAGCAACGGCACAUCACCAACACCAGAAGAAAUCUCUCUGUUAAAGUCCCUGCUACAACAUCUGAUUAAACUGCAAAAAAAAAAAAAAAAAACAAAACAAAAAACCCACAUAAAAUAGAAGUGUCCUUAAAAUAUUUUGUACCUUUCAACUAACUACCAGAUUGAAAAAGAGUUUAUGAUGCGGGAUAUCAGGUAUUUUAAAAUCAACAUGCAUCAAAUUAAUUUUGCCAGUUGACUUUAAAAACAAAUUAUAGAAUUAGCCAUCUCUCUGAGGGAGCACAUUUGAAUAAUUGGAGAUGCAGUUAUACACACAUUUCAAACAAACAUUUGUCUUUUGAGAGUAUUAUAAUUUCAAAUUGGCCUUGUAUAUUUUAGUUAAAUGUUUUCAGUUGUAUUAGUAACUUAAUUAAUUUUCAAUAGCUAUUCAGUAAUACUUAAUCUUAGAACAUUAACUGGAUUUGUUUAAUCUUUUUUUGUUUUUUGUUGAUUUAUAUGAAAACAGUCGUGAGGCAGGGACAUGGAGAACUAUGCAAGGGUGAUUUCUUUGACUUAAUAUAUACAAGGCUUUACUUCUGUCCCCUAAUUCUUCCAUUGAAUGUGUACCUCUACCUUGUCAUGUCAUGGAAGAUACAACAUUUGGAAGAUCUGACAAUUGGAAUGACUUUGGAAUAAUAAAAUUGACUAAUUGGAAA